AUGGUGAACAAGCAGCAGCUCCAGGCCGUGAAGGAGCGCUUCUCCUCUUUCCUCAGCGGGGAGACGCAGAUCGUAGCAGACGAGGCUUUCUGUAACGCCGUCAGGAGCUACUACGAGGGCUUCUUGAAGAGCGAGCGUGUUUCGCGGAUGGUCCAAAGUGGCGGCUGUUCGGCCAACGACUUCCGGGAGGUUUUCAAGAAGAACAUCGAGCGGAGGGUGCGAAGUCUGCCGGAGAUCGACGGUCUGAGCAAAGAGACUGUGUUGAGCUCCUGGAUCGCCAAAUACGACGCCAUCUACAGGGGGGACGAGGAGCUGCGGCGCGGUCCUCAGAGAGCGCACCUCAGUGCAGUUUCAGAACUAAUCCUCAGUAAAGAGCAGCUCUACGAGAUGUUCCAGCAAAUCCUCGGCAUCAGGAAGUUCGAACACCAGCUGCUCUACAAUGCCUGCCAGGUUGAGUGA